GUUAUUGUAAUUAUAGCCAACGUCUCUUUUGACCAACUUUGACGCACCAAAAAUGGCGCUUAACCUCAUUGUCAAGGUGCACCCAGUUGUUUUAUUUCAAAUAGUCGAUGCCUACGAGCGACGUAAUGCGGAUACUCACCGUGUCAUCGGGACCCUGCUUGGGACGGUGGAGAAGGGCAUUGUUGAAGUAACAAAUUGCUUCUGCGUACCUCACAAGGAAUAUGCAGAUCAGGUCGAAGCCGAGCUGAACUACGCAAUGGAUCUGUACGACUUAAAUCACCGAGUAAAUGCCCAAGAAAGCAUAGUGGGUUGGUGGGCUACUGGAAAAGAGGUUACCAAUCACUCAUCUGUCAUCCAUGAGUAUUAUGCCAGAGAGUGUAACAACCCAGUUCAUUUAACUCUGGACACAACAAUGGCCAACACUACUAGAAUGGGUAUCAAGGCAUACGUAUGCGUCCAAUUGGGUGUGCCAAAUGGCAAGCAGGGUUGUAUGUUUACACCUGUCAGAGUUCAGGUCACUUCUUAUGAACCUGAGAUCGUAGGGCUACAACUAUGCGCUAAAACACAAACUUUACCUCCGGGUCAAGCACUUUCAAAGCAGGGGGGAGUAGAACCAAUGUUAGACCUCGCACAAAUAGCAGAAGCUAGCACUAAACUACUGACUUUGGUAGACCAAGUCCUCAAUUACGUAGAUGAUGUUUUGGCAGGCAAACAAAUUGCUGAUAAUCAGGUUGGGCGAGCCCUGUUAGAUAUGGUACAUUCGGUACCUAAAAUGUCAGCUGAUCAGUUCGACCAAAUGUUUAACAGCAAUGUCAAGGACCUCCUCAUGGUUGUUGCUCUUUCCCAGUUAAUCAAAACUCAACUACAGCUGAACGAGAAGCUCACCCUUCUGACUACCUUAUGAGCCAAAACUAAGCUCACCAAAUAAACAGCACCAAGUAAAGCUAAGAGUAAUGUAUGGCUCCAAUAAAAAUCUGUAAAAACAAA